GGUACGCUAGUGGUCGACACAGCGCCAACACGGAGCAGGGCAGUUACGGUGCAUAGUGAAAACCCCAAAAACCAUACUUAGCCGCAGCUGCAGCCCACCCGGGUCAGAAGCUCGCUGGCACCGGUCUGCAUCUGAUCAUCAACACCUCCACUUUUCCCCCGUGCAACAGUCUUGGAGUGGAGCGGGAACCGUGGCACCAAGCCAGCCCGCGAGGACGAGGACGAGGACGAGGUCAGGUCGAGGUCAUCAAUUGCGACACGAGGCGAGAAAGAGGAGGAGAAAAGGGCGAUUGACCGCAAAAGACUUGACGCCAAGAGACGCCAAGAGACCCGACGAGACGGAUAGACGAGACCAGACGGGCGGACAACGACCAGCAAAAAGAACCUGAGCCUCUCCGCCCGCCCGCCCGCUCUCGCAGCGAGCGCGGCGAGGGGAGACAGGAAAUAGAUAUCCAUGGUCUGCAGCUGCUGCCCGCCUCGGUUAUCACGGCAUUCCAAGCAGUACAGGCGCGUCCUCUUCGCCCCGUCGUCCCGGUCGUCUUGGCUGUCGGCUGUGGCCGUCUUAGUCCUGCUGUGGAUCUAUCUCAACCAUAGCGGUCCCAAUGGCUGGCCGCCGGGCUCCCGUCACCGCCCUCCACCGCACCAUCCUCAUCACCAACCCCAUCCCCAUCCACAUCCACAUCCACAUCACGGCGGUCACCAGCCGUUCCCGCCCUUCAGACCACCCCCACAACCACCAGCCACCGACGACACAAAAGAACCGCCGCCACCGGAGCCCACCAUGACCCUGCCGCCACCGGAGCCCACCAUGACCCUGCCGGAGCCCGCCGCCGACGACGCCCCCUCGUCAUCGACCUCGAGUGCCAUCCCCAUACCCACUGCCAUCCUCCCCCAGGGCAUCUACGUCGGCGCCACCCUGCCGGCCUCCAAUCGCUUCCCCAAGAGCAUUGACGCCUUCCGCGGGAUUCCCUACGCCGACACCACAGGCGGCGAGAACCGCUUCCGCCCCCCGGUGCCCCUGCCCCCCUCAAACUAUACCUUUCUAGCUACCAGGUUCGGCCCGACUUGCCCCAGGGAGGUCAAGACGGACAGGGACUCCGGCGAGGACUGCCUCAAUGCCAACAUCUACCGCCCCGCCGCCCUGGUCGGCAAUGACGGCUUCCUCAAGGGCAGCGAGAAUGGCACUACUAAAGAGCGCCCGCGGCUACCCGUCGUCGUCUACGUCCACGGCGGCGCCUUCAACGGCGGCACCGGCAAGGAGCGCAACAUGGCAAGCUUCGUUGCUUGGGCCGACGCCCCCAUGAUCGGCAUUAACUUUAACUACCGCGUCGGCGCCCUGGGCUUCCUGCCCUCGGCCCUGACCGCCAAGGAGGGCCUGCUGAACCUCGGCCUGCGCGACCAGCAGCUGAUGCUGGAGUGGGUCAGGGACAACAUCGAGGCCUUUGGCGGCGAUCCCGACAAUGUCACCAUCAUGGGCGUCAGCGCGGGCUCCCACUCGGUAUGUUUUUACAGUCCUAAAUCCCUUCGUUUACUAACAGCAGCUGCCACUCAGAUCGGGCACCACAUUAUGUCGUAUGCGCAGGCUGGCAAGAAGGCCCCCUUUGCCAAGGCCAUCUUGGAGUCUGGCGCCACCACGGCGCGGGCCGUCUUCUAUCCCACCCACCCGCGCCACCUCGUCCAGUUCGAGCAAUUCCUGCUCGAGGCCGGCAUCCCCGGCGUGGCCGAGAGCGAAGUGUUUGCGCGCCUACGCGAGCUUCCGCUCGAUACCAUCGUCAAGGCGUCCAGAGCCGUGUGGGACAUGUAUGUCGACACUGUUACGUGGCCGUUCCAGCCCGUCAUCGACGGGCCCAACGGCCUAGCCAACUCGAGCCGGCACGCGGCCUCGUCCCCCGCCCCGACCGUGCUCCCGGACCUGCCCAUCAACCUGUGGCGCGACGCGAAACACCUCCGCAUCCCCGUGCUGACGGGCUUCAACACUAACGAAGGCACGUCCUUUGUGCCGGCCUCGGCCGACACCAACGAAGACUUCCGAGAGUUCUUCCAGGCGCUAAUCCCGCACUUCAACGACGCCGACCUCGCGGCCCUCGAGAAGCUAUAUCCAGACCCGGUCAAGACGCCCCGGGGCGAGGACAACCCGUACCGGACCGUGCCCAAGGGCGUGGGCCGCCAGUUCAUGCGCCUCGACGCCGCCUACAGCCACUACGCCUACAUCUGCCCAGUGCUGCAGACGGCCCACUUUCUCUCGCGAUCCGGCGACGGCGACACCAAGGCGCCGCCCGUGCACGUCUACCGCUUCGCCGCGACGGCCGCGCGCGGCACGGCCAACCAUGGCGACGAGGGUAACGUCGUCUCCCACGACAUGGACUCGCUCGCCCCGGCCGACGGGCCUAAGAUGCCCGGUCUCCUGGCCGUGGCCGACGCCAUGCACGGCGCCUGGUGGCGCUUCGUCGUCUCCAAGACGGGCGACCCCAACGAGGGCGCGCCCGACGGCGCUACCGAGUGGCCCGCCUUCGUCUCGCCCUUUUCGCGCGACGAGGUGCUAGGCUGGAUCACAGGCGGGUGGCGGCGCACGAAGAAGCGGGGCACCAUCCCGGCAAAGACGGAGCCCGCGACAGAAACUGACGGCAAGGGCGAGAUCGCCGUCUUUGGCGACGGCAACAACGAGCGCUUCGCCGGGCCCCACCAGGGGUCCUGGUUCAGCCGCGCCCCGGAAAAGACCCCUGGCAUCCCCGUCCACGCGAGCGCCCUCUCUGACUUUGAGAGGCAGGCCUGCGCCUUCUGGUGGGCUCGCAUCGAGCUUAGCGAGGGGUUUGGCGUCCGCGGCCAGGACGAGCGCCGCGGCCCGAGGGACCACAGCGAGGACGCGCCCGGGCCCGUGGCUGUGGUCAAGGCGAAGCUGUGAUUUUUGUCUGAGCCUUUCCCUCCUGAGGACUUGGGUGGUUGAUAUUUCGGUUCGUUUCGUGAGCCGGGAAUGGUAUGUAUAUAAAAGGCGGUGUUCGGUGGUGUUUUGUGGUGUCGGUGAUGAUGGGGUUGGAGUAAGAGUAGGAGUAGAAGCGGGAUAGAAAAAUUUGCUGCGUGUGUUUUUGUUUUAAUGUAAUGUUUUGAUAUAUAAUCAGCCGGGCUGGCGUCUGGUUUCUGUGCUCGUUUUUGUCCUGUGUUGUGCUCUGUUGGUGUGGUGCGGCGUUGUGCUGUUGUUGUGUUGUGUUGUGUUCUGUUAUUCUAUUGUGUUGUGUGGUGCUGUUGCUGCGCUUUAUCUGGCGUGGCGGUGGGGUUAGUUGCUUCCUUGCUGCCUAGGUCUUGGCUGGUAGGCUGCCUUGU